AUGAAUAAGGACUUUGUCUCGGUUGAUGUCUUUGCUCCCGGAGACACCAUCUAUCUUACCGGUACUCUCGCCUGGUUUGCUGACAAGGUCGUCUGCGAUGAGUGCAGGACGAGGAUCUCGCUGCCGGACUACCACUGCUCCCAUGUCUUUGGCUGCUCUGACUAUGAUCGCUGCCCGGACUGCUACGAUACCGCAGGCCCGCAUGCUCCGGGCCACGUGCUCGUCCCCAAGGCGCAUGUGCCCAAGCCGCGGACGUACCUCCGCUCGCGCUCGCUGUACGAGACCCUCGCUCUUGCGCUCGCCAACUACUCCUCAGAUCCGCUCUUUGGCCAGCGACCAAGCCAGGACGCCGAGUAUUCUUGGAUCUCGUACGAGGCCUUUUACGACCGCGCGCACGAUCUCGGCUCCGGCCUCGCUCACCUCACCCGCGAGAAGCCCGAUCCGUUCCAUGCCGGCAUCAUGGCCUCCAACUCGAUCGGGUGGCUUCUCGCCGAGUUUGCUGCCACCUCACGCGCCUGGGUCACCGUCCCACUCCAUGUCUCGUACACCGACGCCCAGCUCUCGCACAUCAUGGCCACCGUCCCGCUCGGCCUCGUUUUCUGCGAGGCCAACGAGGCUGAACGCCUCAUCCGCCUCCUCAAAGCCGCCGGCGCCACUUCGGCGCUUGUUGUUGUUCUCACUCCGGCGUUCGUCUUUGCGCGGACAGCGGUCCACGACGGGACGCUGCCGGAGCUCCCGCCGACUCCGGCCAGCCUCCCCGCGUCGGGCGGCGGCUUUGCAGUCAUUCCUGCUGAGCGCAUCGAGGCCAUGGGCCACGACAAGCCGGCCGCGCCGCGCAUCUCCCACCCGUCGGUCCUCGAGACCAUUGUCUUUACCUCGGGCUCGACCGGCAUGCCCAAGGGCGUGACAGUGACCGAGGCCAACGCGCACGCCGAAGUCGACAUGUACUGUGAGGUCUUUUCCCUCGCACGCCCCUAUGUUGUCGUCGAAGUCGCGCCGUUUGCUUGGAUGACUGGGCGUGACGACGCCCGCAUCACCAUGCUCUACGGCGGCGCCAUGGCCAUCUACUCUCGCCCGAUGUCACGGCUCCUCGAAGAUUUACAGGAGAUUUCGCCGUCAAACGUCAAGUGCAUGCCGGCCAUCUGGGCCCGCAUCUACGCGUCGUACAAGACCGUUGUCGCCUCGCUCCGCGCAAGCGGCUCUUCGACGGCCGAAGCCGAGAAGGCCGCCCGCGCUGCCUUCAACCCGGUCCUCGGCAGCCGGGUCCAGACCAUUGUCACCGGCGGCGCUCACACGGCACUCGCCGUCAAGAAAUUCCUCAAGGAGACCUGGCCCAACGCCAUGUUUUACGACGCGUACGGCACGUCCGAGGCCGGCGGCAUUGCAGUCAACGGUGUCGUCAACAGCGGUGUGGAGGUCCGGCUCGUCGACGUCCCCGAGAUGGGCUACCUCACGUCCGACAACCCGCCGCGCGGUGAGAUCUACGUCCGCACCCGCAUCAUGACUGACGGCUACUACAACGAUCCCGAAAACACUGCCAAGCGCCUCAAAGACGGCGGAUGGUUUGCUACCGGCGACAUUGGCGUCAUGGACUCGCCGUCAACUCUCGAGGUCAUCGACCGCCGCUCGGCCAUCUUCAAGCUUGCCACCGGUGAGUUCAUUGUUCCGUCCAUGAUCGAGGACGUGCUCCAUGGCGCGCCGCUCGUCACUCACAUCUACGUCCACGGCGACAUGACCCGGUCAGCACUUGUCGCGGUUGUCGUCCCCGACCUCGAUGCUCUCGUUGCGCUCGUCGGCGAGGACUCGGGCAUCGACUGGAACGAGCAGCGUGCCGCGGUAGCUCUCCCGCACGACGCGCCAGUCCGUCCGCUCCCGGCAACAGUCCACAUGCUCGUCCUCCGCUCACUCCGUACCUUUGCCGCCUCGGCCGGCCUCUCGUCGUCGAACAUCCCGCAGGCUGUCUACAUCGACGUCCGCCCGUUUACGCCCAAGGCGGGUCUCCUCACUGCAUCGAUGAAGAUCUGCCGCUCGGGUCUCUCCAGUCACUACGCUGGCGUCAUUGAGGAGAUGUACGCCCGGCUUAACGCCUCGGAGCAACUAGCCACACCCAAGGCUGCUGACGUUGCCGUCGCCACGCCCGGCACCGGCUCGCACUCGGGCCAAGCCUUUCCGUCGUCCGACGACGGCGAGGGCGCCAGCGGAGGUGGCUCCAAGGCCACGCUUGACGCGCUCCGCAACAUCAUCGGCAACUACGUCGGCUCGGCCAGUGCCGACACUGCAGGUGCCUCGCUCGUCGAGAUGGGCGUUUCUUCUACCGACACCAUCCGCGUCCUCGCCGCCGUCCAGAAGCAGCUCGCCGCUCAGCUCCCUGUUGACCUUGUCUACGAAGGCCUCACCAUCGAGGAGAUGGCCGACUACAUUGACUCGGCCGGGCCGAGCGGCGCACCGGCGACGCCCACUGCAGGCGCCAUCGCCAAGCGCUCGCAGUCACGCCAGCUCUACGACGACGACUUUAUCCGCCUCGUCCGCCAGGGCAAGACCGCGCUCGCGCCGGUCGCCGACCUACCAGAGCUUGAGCCGCAGACCACCAGCGGUGAAACGGUCUUUGUCACCGGAGCCACUGGCUUUCUGGGCCGGUACAUUGUUGAGGAUCUGCUCUCUAAGCACACUGCGGCCCGAGUGGUCAUUCUGGUCCGAGCGCGCUCGGCCGAACAUGCCGAGGAGCGCAUGCGCGAGGCCGCCAUUGCCGCCAACCUCGCGCACUUGCUAGCCGCGAUCGGCACCGACCGGCUUGAGCUAGUGGUCGGCGAUCUGGGCAUGCCGAUGUUUGGGGCAAGUCCCGAACAGUACGUGCGUCUUGCGGGCGAGGUGACCCGGGUCAUUCACGCUGGCGCCCGAGUCUCAUGGGUCGUCCCCUACUCGCAGCUGCGACAGGCCAACGUGGUGGGCACGGUUGAGAUUGCACGGUUCUGCAUGACGGUCCGGCACAAGCCGCUACUGUACGUAUCGACGCUGAGCGCGUCGGCGUCGCUGCGGGAGGAGCUUGCGCCGGCACAGUACUUUUCGGCUGCGAGGGGCUACGCCGCCUCCAAGCACAUGGGCGAGCUGGUAACGGUUGCUGCCGGACGAGAGGGCCUUCCGGUUGCCAUUGUCCGGCCAGGCAUGAUUGUGGCCGAUCCGCGGACCGGAUGGUGCCAGUCCUCCGACUUUGUGCCGCGGUUUGUGGGUGGCGUCCUUGCUGUGGGCGCGUAUCCUGCGCCGCUGCCGGGCACGUUUGAGAUGGUGCCUGUACCGACGGUAGCGGCGACGAUAGUGCGCCUGGCGUACGAGGCGCCGCACGACGCGCGGGUGUACCACGUGUGCAACCCGGCCAAGGCAUGCCUCUCGUACUCGGAAGUCGGCGAAGCGAUUGCUGCCGCCGCGAGUGCUGCAGCUCCGGACAGCGAUGCCAGUGUCGCGGUUGUGGCCAUGGACCACCGCGCCUGGGUUGCACGUGUCCGCGAGGCCGGCCAGGCGACGCCGCUGGCACCCGGCGCUCGCGCUCAACGGCCCAUUUGCGGAAAUUGA